CAAGAGUUAGCCCAGCGCACACAUGCUCAGGCGACCAGAGCUCUGUGCUACAGACCGGGGAGGGAGGACGUGAAUCACUCGGUUUCUCCUGUGCCCUGGCGCACACGGGAGUUGAACAACCACACAGCGGAGGGACCGGGACCCGGAUGUGGGUGCCCACUUCUACGUUCCCAAGGGAUCCACUGUGCUGGUGAACUGCUUUCCUGAACCACUGCUGUCUCAGGGGUGAAGGACCUCCGUGUGUAACAACUUUGGCAUCAUCGUGUGGCUUGGUAGGCUGUGCAGACAUUGGGUGCGUGACUGAGCUCCAACCCUGGCCUGUGUGGUGGCGACAUGAAGCUGCAGCUCAUCCACCAGAAGGUGAAGCCAUCGUUACCGUCGCCCAGUGGGAGUGUAAGCUGCUCCCCUCCGACCCCAGGACUGCAUAAGAUCUACCGGGAGGCAGUCCUGGUGCUAGGAGUCGUCCUCGUCCUCAUCCUCCUGAUGCUGAUUCAGUUGCUUCUCUUCCCACUCAACCAGCAAAUCAGCAAGACGGCUCGGACCCAGGGUGCGAUAGUGCGACCAGCCGAGCACCUGAGCAAGGCUUGCACCGACCCCUGCAGUCUCACCCUCGUUGAAAGUAUUCCAGAGGGGAUGCACUUUGAUCCCAAUUCCACCAGGAAUCCCUCCAUUUCUGAUGGCUGGAUGAAGUUGUUAAGUGAGGCGGCGAGCAGCGUUGACAUUGCUUCCUUCUACUGGACCAUGAGGAACGAUGACACGAAGACGAAGGAGCCCACAGCCAGCCAGGGGGAAGCCAUUCUAAAGGAACUGGAGAGAGUUUCCGGGAAGCUGUCUGUCAGAGUUGCAGUCAGCAAACCAUCCAGGAGCCAGACGCUGGCUGACCUGACUCUGCUACAACAGAGUGGAGCUGAGGUGACAGUGGUGGACAUGCCCAGACUGACCACUGGGGUCUUGCACACCAAGUUCUGGAUUGUGGAUAAGAGACAUUUGUACAUUGGGAGUGCCAACAUGGACUGGAGAUCGCUGACACAGGUGAAGGAACUGGGAGCUAUCGUCUACAACUGCAGCUGCUUGGCCGAGGAUCUGGGGAAGAUUUUCGAGGCGUACUGGAGCAUCGGUGGGACGAACAGUAGCAUCCCUGAUCCUUGGCCCAGUAACUACUCCACACUCUACAACAGGGAGAAUCCAAUGGAACUGAAGUUCAACAACAUACCAGCCAGCGUCUACUUCUCGAGCUCCCCACCCGCUCUGUGCCCAAAGAGCCGGACUGAUGACCUUGCAUCCAUCCUCGGCAUUAUCGAUGAUGCAGCAGAGUUUGUGCACGUGGCCGUCAUGAAUUACAUUCCUGUUGUGAUGUUUUCUCAUCCCAGAAGGUUCUGGCCAGCAAUCGACAGCCACCUGCGGAGGGCGGCGUUCGAGCGGAAUCUGCAAGUGCGUCUCCUGGUCAGCUGCUGGCAGCACACAGACCCCUCCAUGUUCCCUUUCCUUCAUUCCCUGGCUGCCCUGAAGAGCCACUGGAAACCCCUGGACGUGGAAGUGAGAGUCUUUGUUGUCCCAGCUACACAGAAGCAGAGUAAAAUUCCGUACUCUCGGGUCAAUCACAACAAGUACAUGGUGACAGACAAGGUGGCCUACAUCGGGACGUCCAACUGGUCUGGUGACUACUUUGAGAACACGGCAGGUGUGGGGCUGGUGAUCAACCAGACCGAUUCGAGGGGACAGUCCCCAGUGCCCACCAUCCCACAGCAGCUGCAGGAGGUGUUCGAGCGAGACUGGAACUCGCCAUACAGCAAGAUCAUGGACACUCUGAAUAACUGGCACAGCAUCUGUAAAUAUGUCUAACCACCCAGCCGAGAAGCCGCUCGUUUGGGGUUGGAACAUUAACCGGCACGGCCCUGGAAACAGUGCAAGGGCCUCAAAUGGUGCUCAUAGAUGUCUGUCAGGAAGUGAUGUCACAAGACGUGAUCGCCGACCUCUUGACUUUCCAUUGAGGGUUCUCCUGAUCAUCCACUCUAACUCUGGCAGAAAAUCUGGGGAAUUCUCAAUCCCAAUUCUCCAGGCUGUCCAUAGGAAAUGAUUUGAGGAACCCUCAGGAAAAUUCGGUACACUUCUCCCUGCAGAUGUUGCGUCCAAUGACAGGGAGAUACUGACUUGCUGCUAGUUUAUUGCUGUGCCCCUGUCUCCACACUCAUGGUCGCUCUGUACCCAGCAUUGUAGUGGUUGGGGAGGUCAACACCAGUGUCUCACUGCUGGGACAGGAGUCACACCCGAGUCAUCUCAGGCCAUUGCAUUUGCUGUGGGGAUCCCUGACUCUCUAUAACUCAGCACUGGGAAGCAGUACCACACUGGGCUGUCUCGCACUGUUGGGAGUAUAGAAAUUUUACAACGUAGUGCAUUUUUAAACCGGAGCUUUAGCAACAUCCAGUGGCUGAAUGAGAUUGGGUGCCCAGAGCGCUCGGGUGCACACUUGUUGCGUUCUGCACCCACAGCACAAACAGCGCAGACUCACGGCAGCACGGAGACUGGGUAGUGAAGGGUGCGUUGUAUGGUGCGAUGGUACUCCUGCCCAUUUUGCUCCUUGUACAUGCUGGCAGCCUUGCAGGUCUCAGCCAGAGGUUUGAGGUGCUGUGACAUUAAGGACCUGACCUGACCUUGCCUGGUCUGGUCUUGUUGUCCAGGGAGCUGCUUUUUUAAGGGACAGUCCUCUCACCACCACCCAUCCUGAUUUCCGCUGCUACUGCACUCUCUCCUGCCCACGAUUCACCCCAGCUUACCCCACCCGCACUGCUACAACUGAACCUCGUCUCUCCACGUCGUAUCUACAUCUGACCUGCCCCUCAAACCAGACCUCUCUACCCCCCCCCCAACUCCGUUUGCCUCUCCCACUCUACACCUCGCCGCACCCCCCCCCCCCCCCCCCCACUGCCAGCCACUUGCCGAGUGAUUCCCUCUGUGAUCCAUUAAAUUGCAAGCUCACGGGCGGAGGGGGUUUGUCCACACAACAAAUGCCUUGGACCAUGCAUCUGCCCUCAAAACAGGCAUGGGUUCCAACUCAGUGCCGUUCCUAGCCCAGUACUAUCCCCACCCUGGGAGUGUGUGGCGGGACGUUGUAGAGGGAGCUUCACACCAGGUGGAAUGUUUUUUUUCUUUUGUUUCCCCACAGCCCAGUGCUCUCUCUGCCCUGGGAAUGUGUGACAGGUCUGUGUCUCACACCCCUCUGUCAAAAGUCACAUCAAAGGAAACAAUCGUGCAAACAUGGAGCAAAGUUACUCUUUCUGAAUCACAGGUUCCCUUUGGCUGCAGUGUUGGUGCAGGUGCAAUGUGUGGGAGACUCGUGUGUGUGUGUGUGGGAGACUCGUGUGUGUGUGUGUGUGUGGGAGACUCGUGUGUGUGUGUGUGUGGGAGACGUGUGUGUGUGUGAGAGACUCGUGUGUGUGUGUGUGAGACUCGUGUGUGUGUGUGUGUGUGUGAGAGACUCGUGUGUGUGUGUGUGUGAGACUCGUGUGUGUGAGACUCGUGUGUGUGUGAGACUCGUGUGUGUGAGAGACGUGUGUGUGUGAGAGACGUGUGUGUGUGUGAGACUCGUGUGUGUGAGACUCGUGUGUGUGAGACUCGUGUGUGUGAGAGACGUGUGUGUGUGUGUGAGAGACUGUGUGUGAGAGACGUGUGUGUGUGUGUGAGAGACGUGUGUGUGUGUGUGUGUGAGAGACUCGUGUGUGUGUGAGAGACGUGUGUGUGUGAGAGACUCGUGUGUGUGUGUGAGAGACUCGUGUGUGUGUGUGUGAGAGACUCGUGUGUGUGAGAGACUCGUGUGUGUGAGAGACUCGUGUGUGUGAGAGACGUGUGUGUGUGUGUGAGAGACUGUGUGUGUGUGUGUGUGAGAGACUGUGUGUGUGUGUGAGAGACUGUGUGUGUGAGAGACUGUGUGUGUGAGAGACUGUGUGUGUGAGAGACUGUGUGUGUGAGAGACUGUGUGUGUGUGGGAGACUCGUGUGUGUGUGGGAGACUCGUGUGUGUGUGUGUGGGAGAGACUCGUGUGUGUGUGAGAGACUCGUGUGUGUGUGAGAGACUCGUGUGUGUGUGAGAGACUCGUGUGUGUGUGUGUGUGUGUGUGAGAGACUCGUGUGUGUGUGUGAGAGACUCGUGUGUGUGUGUGUGUGUGAAGCCCAAUAUAGUUAAUCAAACUCCUUACAGGAAUUGUUGGGUUUUAAAUAAAAAUGAGUCUGAUUGCCUUUACCCGUCCCGUACUGCACUCUUUGUGAAUCUGUCAGGCACUACGUGGCUCCCUCAAAUUUCACUGCAGGUGCAAUCAAAGUUUAGUUCAAACAAUUACUGUUCACUCAGGAAAGUGAGGCCAGGACUGGGAGCAGAGGGGACCUUCAGAGUUCACGGAGAGUGGCGGAGACUUUCUGGAGUCGGGGAAGAAUGGUCGGCUGACGCUAUACCUGAUGUUCGGAGGAUGGUUUUGUGAUGCAGCGUUGUGGUCAAUUAUAAUUUAGUUGUAAGGUUGGGGAGGGGAGACUAGCAGGACUCUUGUCUCCCAUAGGACAGAUAGUAAGCAGCAAAAUAUGAAUUUUAACAAAAACCCUGCCACGUGAGGGACUCGUGGAUAUUUUUGCCUCUCAGACUGAGACUAACUGUUAAUUACCCCUUCAUUCUCUCCCGCAGUUCCUGAACAUCAUUAGCUUUGACCAUUUCCACUGUAAAGCCUCUCAUUCCUCCUCACCCUGAGCUCUUGCCUGGUUCAGUUCAGCUCACCUGACACCGCUCUUGGACCGACCACUGUUACCUUGCCGUUUCAUGAGCUUGGUGGUCACGUGCUUCCACAGGACGCACACACUUAACCCUCGGUUCCUUUCCCAUAUAGCACCGAAGCAGGCCCUUUGGCCCACUGAGUCCAUGCCCACCCAUGUACACUCAUCCCAAUUCGUUCUCCCCUCAUUCCCAUCAACUCCCCCGCCCCCCGAUUCUACCACUAACUGACAUACUAAGGACAACUUACAGCGGCCUGCACUUCUUUGGUAUGUGGGAGGAACCAGGGCACCCAGGGGAAACCCCCACGGCUGCAGGGAGAACAUGCGAACUCCACACAGAGGGCAGGAUCAAACCUGGGUUGCCAGAGCUGUGAGGCAGCAGCUCUACCAGCUGCACAACACUGCCUCCCUACUCGAGGGCAACGGGUGUGUCUCUAGGGGAGUUCCUCUUGGGUAUGGGCCCCUCCCAGACAGACGAGGCACUUCAGUGCACAGUAGAGGAAAUGUGUAACGAGAGUUGCCUAACUGGAUGAGAUAUCAAACACAAGGCAGUAUCUGAAGACAAAGAAGAAUUUUCUUCCAGCCUGCGCUGGUAUUUGCCCCUCAACUCGUUUGUCAUCGCCUGACUUUAUCCUUCAAUACGUCUGUGCUCAUAUUCCCAACCCACUCUUUCAACAAUUACUUGAUGCCUUUGAUGUUGCAGAGCCUCCCUAAUUAGGUCAUCACCCCUAAUAUCCAAUUGGAUAUUAAGGUGAUGACCAAAAGCCUUAUCACAAGUGGUGAGUUUUAACAAAUGCCCUGAAGGGAGGGAGGUGGGAAGGUGCGAGGGUUUGGGGUGAAAAUUCUACAGUUUGGAACUUGUCUUCAAAAGAAGCGACUACUUUUAAAAGACUCCAAAUUUAUUAAUGUUGGUGGCUGAGUGGCCAGAAAUUGGAACAUUCAAGUCUCAAGGUAACAAGGGCAUGGGCAAGGCUUUCGGCUGUGAAUGAGGUGGGGCAGGGGCAGACUUGGGUUGAAGCUACAGAGGUGGAGGUUGGUGUCUUCCUGAUGGUCAGAAUCUCAUCUCGGGGCCAGACAUGGCACUGAAUUUGCAAGCCAUCCGGUGGCUGGGGAAUGGAAUGUCACAGGGAGUGAAGGAAAUGGCUUUGGUCUUUGGAAUUGGUAUUGGUUUAUUAUUGUAACUUGUACCGAGGUCCAGUGAAAAACUUGUCUUGCAUACCGAUCGUACAGGUCAAUUCAUUACACAGUGCUGUUACAUUGGGUUAGUACUGAGUGCAUUGAGGUAGUACAGGUGAAAACAAUAACAGUACGGAGUAAAGUGUCACAGCUACAGAGAAAGUGCAGUGCAAUAAGGUGCAAGGUCACAACAAGGUAGAUUGUGGGAUCAUAGUCCAUUCUAUCGUAUAAGGGAACCGUUCAAUAGUCUUAUCACAGUGGGGUAGAAGUUGUCCUUGAGUCCGGUGGUACGUGCCCUCAGGCUCCUGUAUCUUCUACCUGAUGGAAGAGGAGAGAAGAGAGAAUGACCCAGGUGGGUGGGGUCUUUGCCUUUACCUCUCGCUGUCUUGGAGAAGCAGCCAGCAUAAUCAGUCCAAGGAGGGGAGGCUGGUGUCCGUGAUGCGCUGGGCUGUGUCCACAGCUCUCUGCAGUUUCUUGCGGUCCUGGGCAGAGCAGUUGCCAUACCAAGCCGUGAUACAUUCAGGUAGGAUGCUUUCUAUGGUGCAUCAAUAAAAGUUGCUGAGAAGAAAUGACUGGAUCUUGAAACAGGCAGUCUGACAACAGAGAGCUAAUGGGGCAGAGAGAGUGGUGGUCAUGCUUAGGGGGGUAGUGAGGUGGAGCCAAUGUACCUAUGGAAAGUUACUCUGUUUUUGGAAGGUGCUGCUGUGAGACAAAUCCAAUAAUAGUGGGGAGAGAUGCCUGUGGGAGGGGGAAGAGAAGCCAUUGCUGGUGAAACUCUAGCCUUGACGAGUUAGAUAAGGCUUGGAGAAGCAUUAUUCUAAUCUGCUCAGCCUUCACCAGGCGGCAAGGGGCUUUAGUUAGGUGCAGGUGGCGGGAAGGGGGGGGUGCUUUUACUUCGGAGAAGGCUAACGCAAGCUCGAAGAACAGUACCUCAUUCGCCUGGGCAUCUUGCAGCCCUUGGACUCGGUAAUGAAUUCAACUAUUUCAGAUGUAAAAUCAGAAAUGUGAAGUUUUUGUCUCUCUCCACAGAUGCUGCCUGACCUGCUAUUUCCAGCAUUCUCCUUUAUCUCAGGAGAGCGGGGAUAAAGGCAGGGAGUAAUAAGUGAGUCAAGAGCAGGAUGAGGGAUGUGUCUGCUGGGAUAGUCCUGCUUGUGGAUCUUGAGGAGGAAGGAGAAGUGGGUUGGAGAUGGAGGGCAAACCUCCCAAGGAUGUGAGGUCACUAUCAGUCUGGGAGACAAUGUCCUGGUGUCCAGUGGUGGGGUCGAGAUGCUGUGUGGGGGAAGGUGGUGAAGAGGUUUCUGAGAGCAGAUGGUUGGUCUCUGCAAGGUUAAGGACAGAUUCAACUGCUCAGGAAUUGUCAUCAUCCUCUUGCUCCACCAUUUGAGUUCAGAUGCGGUGGCGUACCAAGCUUUUGCUAGCAUUGGCAAUACCAUGUGCAUCAGUGCCCAUGGAUGAUCUGCCAAAAAGGUUCUAUGCACCUGAGGUCUCCUGGUGAGGCAUCAGCCAUUUCUAUGCAUUUAUACCUGGGAAGAUUAUUCAACCCAACAAACCUCAUUGAUUUUCAAACAGUUUUAUUAACAAUACAGAAUACAGAGUGCUUUAACACUGAAUAAUCAGAUAACAAGUCAAAGCUCUUUUCCAAAUCUCCCCCAAAGUUUCAGAGUGUUGAGGAAGUCAAUUUCAGAAAUAGAUUGAAUACUCAAUCACAUUAAACUGGCCAUUUUUGUUUCUUAAAUGAAGGACUCGCACGUCUUCCCUGCUCCACCUUAUCUCCCGACUGCCCGUGGUUUUGAUUUCAGACCUGGCAUGCUUUAGUACAAUAUAUAUUUCUAAAUUCCUUUCAUAUGAUCUGAGAGAUCUAUAUUUUCACGUUGCUUUAUUAUAAAUAAAAUGAUGCUUACAGUUGAAGAUUUAAUGACGGUUUAUUUUGUGGCAAACAUCCGAGGCAUUUGUCACAUCGUAAAAUCAUUUGAAGUAUUUUCUGAUUGGCAGGGGGCGCUCUCUGCAAGGCCAACUGGGCAAGGCAACUAAUGCUGAUUUUCCAUGUGCAGGUAAUUCUGGUAACUGUUACUUCGUGUCUGUAUCUCCUCGUAUUCAAUGGAGACGGAAUCUGUGCUAUCAGGACUCCAAGUCUCGCUGCCGUUAUUUAACCAUUCAUUGUCGAAGCUGUCGGAGUGUUCAGAAUCCUGUUGGCUUGGUUGAGAUCUCUGGAUAAAGUAGUAAAUAGAUUGAUGUUAGUACCAGUGAAAGCAGCUCUUGGCCUCUUACCUUGUAGCGGAUCCUUCCACUGUUUAUGUACCUCUUGCAUGUCAAAGGUCUGCUUUUACUUUAAUUCCUCCCAGUUUACAACAGUGGUGCAGCUGGUAAAGCCACUGCAUCACAGCGCCGGAGACGUUGUCCUUGGUUAGAACCUGGGGGGAGUUGAUGGGAAUGUGGGGAGAAUAAAAUGGGAUCAGUGUGAAUGGGUGGUUGAUGGACUUGGUGGGCAGAAGAGAGAUGCUCCAUCUCUAUGAUUGCAACCCACCUAUCCCUCUAGCCCAGUAAGCCUAACAUCUGUGGUAGGUAACUUACUAGACGGAUAAGAUGUACAUGCAUUUGGAAAGAUAGGGGUUGAUUAGGGAUUGUCAGCAGGGUUUUGUCCGUUGGAGAUCAUGUCUCAUGAAUUUGAUUGUUUUUUGAAGAAGUAACCAAGAAGGUCGAUGUGGCCUAUAUGGACUUCAGUAAGGCCUUUGAUAUGUUAGGCUGCCAUGGAAAGUUAGAUUGCAUGGGAUCCAGGGAGAGCUGGCUAAUUGGAUACAGAAUUGGCUUAAUGGUAGGAAGCAGAGGGUGAUGGUGGAAGGUUGUUUUUCAGACUGGAGGCCUGUGACUAGUGGUGUUCUCCAGGGGUCGGUGCUAGGCCCAUUGCUAGUUGUCAUCUAUAUCAAUGGUUUGAAUGAGAAUGUACAAGGCUUGGUUUGUAAGUUUGCAGAUGACACUAAAAUAGGUGGUGGUGUUGACAAUGAAGAUGGUUCUCAGGCUUUACAGAGGGAUCUUGAUCAGCUGGGUAAGUGGGCCAAGGAAUGGCAAAUGGAGUUUAAUUUGGAUAAGUACGAGGUGUUGCAUUUUGGGAAGACAAACCAGGGUAGGACUUCCACUGUGAACAGUAGGGCCCUGGGGAGUGUUGUAGAACAGAGGGAUCUAGAAAUACAAGUACAUGGUUCCCUGAAGAUGGCAUCACAGGGAGACAGGGUGAUGAAGAAGGCUUUUGGUACGCUGGCCUUCAUUGAGUUUAGAAGUUAGGAUGUUAUGUUACAGUUCUACAAGAUGUUGGUGAGGCCGCAUUUGGAAUAUUGUGUUCAGUUUUGGUCGCCCUGCUACAGGAAAGAUGCCAUUAAGCUGGAGAGAGCGCAGAGGAUGGAAAGACACUUUUAACAUUAUUUCAUCUGUAUUGAAUAUUGAUUUACAGCCUCAUCCUGUUACUGCAAUUUUUGGGUUACCAAUGAUGGAAUCUGGCCAUUUAUCUGCUUCUGCUCGUCGUAUGAUCGCUUUUGUCACAUUAAUGGCCAAGUGAUCCAUUUUGUUCAAACGGAAAGAUCCAAUACCUCCCACCACUUUUCAGUGGUUUUCUCAAACUAUAGCAUGAUUAAACUUAGAAAAAAAUUAGGAGUGGUACUGUUGAUCCUUCACUUAAAUUUGAGGAAGUUUGGAGUCCAUUUAUUCAAUAUUUCCAUAUGAUAUAAGCUGACCUUUUUCAGAUCCCUUUCAAUAACCCUUGAAUGCAGAGGAGCGGAGUUGAUGACAUAAUAUUUUUUUUAAUUGAAGAAAUAUCAGUCCAGUGUUUUUUUUUCAAGUUUUUGGUUUCUUUUGGUUUUUUUUUGAUUUGGGGGUUCUUUUCUCGUAUAAUUAAAUCUUUUCAAUUUUCCUUUUGUAUUAUGUUCACUUAAGAGAACGGGAUGCCUAGAUUACUUUUUUGUACUCCUUGUGAUUUUAUUUUUAUAUAUAUAUAUUAACUGUUAUGAUCAGACAGUAUCUGUGGAGAGAGAACAGGGUUAAUGUUUCACUUUUGGUAAAAGGAUAACUUCAUUUCUCUCCCUGAUGUUUUUGCAUCUCUUGCCAUGUGAGGUCUGUCAGCGUGCUGUGUGGUCUUGGCCCAGUCUGCAACAGUAUUACCUUCUCAUUGCUUGUGUAAUACAUUGCUUUGAGCUCACACAAUAUCACCUUAUCGUUCAACCUUAAGGAUAUUGCUUGAUUUUUUUAAAAGAACAAGUCAAUUUGCUCAAUGUACAAGCUGGAUGCUUCUUGCAAUCAGUCAUGAAUGUUGAAGUUUUAAAAAAAAAAUUAUCAUGCUGUUCCAUUAAGACAGACAGGCACACGCAACCCAGGGACUCGCGUUGAAAGGGUGCAAGGACAGAUAUCGCAAGGAGGGACAGAAUGUGACCAGUGUACAGACAGGGAUCUGAAACUGUUCCAUAAAUUGUUGCUAUGAGUUGUCAAGGGAGCAGGGGUGCAUCCAGUUGGUCAUUGCUACUUUGAGAGAAGAUGUUCUGUCUGAACUUCACGCUGAAUACUCAGGAAUAGUUGGUGUGAAAGAAGUCUUUGUUUACUGGCCCCACUUGGACAGCGGCCACGAAUUAUUGAUGAGCAGAUGCAAUAUUUGCCCAAUGUUGAGAAUAAGACCCUAAAAGCUCCUUUAUAGUCGAGGUCCUGGCAACUGGACUUUUUCCAGAGAGAAAACAUUGACUUUGUGAAAAAGGGACUGACAAUUUCCUACUGAUCAAUAGUCGUUCAGAGUAGAUUGAAGGGAAAUGCAUGGGUUUGCGUCCCACUGCUGAAUGUAAUUGGUUUAUUAUUGUCACAUGUACUGAGGUACAGUGAAAAACUUUGUUUUGCAAGCCAUCCAUACAGAUCAUUUCACCACAUCAGUGCAUCAAGGUAGUUCAAGGGAAAAGCAAUAACAGAAUGCAGAAUAAAGUGUUACUGUUACAGAGAAAGUGCAGUGCAGGCAGACAAUAAGGCGCAAGGCCACGACAAGGUAGAUUGAGGUCAAGAGUCCAUCUUAUCGUGCUAGGGGACUGUUCAAUAGUCUAAUAACAGCAGGAUAGAAGCUGUCCUUGAGCCUGGUGGUACGUGCUUUCAGGCUUUUAUAUCUUCUGCCCAAUGGGAGGGGGAAGAAGAGAGAAUGUCUGGGGUGGGUGGGGUCUUUGAUUAUGCUGGCUGCUUUACUGAGGCAGCAAGAUGUGUAGACAGAGUCCAUGGAGGGGAGGCUGGUUUCUGUGAUGUGCUGAGCUGUGUCCACAACUCUCUGCAGUUUCUUGUGGUCUUGGGCAGAGCAGUUGCCGUAACAAGCUGUGGUGCAUCUAUAAAAAUUGGUGAGGAUCAAUGGGGAUAUGCCAAAUUUCCUUCGCCUCCUGAGGAAGCAGAGGCAAUAGAUGAGUGGAGAUCUAUCUGUGUGUGUUGUGGUUUAUCUGAAGGGCUCACUUCUGACAAUGGCUCCUGUUCCUACCUGCUAUGAUUGCAAACCAUGAAACAGAAUGCUAUGAAACAGUCUCACUCCUUCCUAUCAUCCAGAGCAGCUGAAAGGUCAGAAUAGCUCAAGCUGCAAGUGUUGCAGGGAUUUCAAAGCUCAGCAUGAAUUAUCACUGUCAAUUUCUUGCUGAAAUACAGAAUAACACUGCACACCACCCCGGGAUAUACACCUACAGGACUGCUUGAUGAAGGUUAAGAACACACUGCAGACUUAUUCAAACAAGUUUGGCUUUUGGAGCUGAAGAGGAGUUGAGUCAAGACUAUGACAAUGAUUCUAAUCAUGAGUGCAUUUUCAAACAAAAAUAUUGUGUUCUUAGCUGUCCUAGCAAGAUGACAUCAUACAAGUGGGAGGUAGGAACCCUUGUAAAGUUGGACAAAUUAGUGACAAAAUCCAAAGUGAACUUUGUAGAUCAAACAAUCUCUUCCAGAAAAGAAUAAAGUCUGGAUGAUGGAAUUGUGUCUGAGCUGGAUCCAGGGCAGAAAGUCCCGAGUCUAAGCACCUGUAAAUGAGAAUCAAAAGAUGCUGGAAAUCUGAAAUAAAAAUGGUAAAUCCUGGAAACACUCAGCAGGUCAGGCAGCAGCUGUGGAGAGAAGUAAUGUUGGCAAUAAUAAUUGCCAGUUUUGGGCAAAGAGUGCUUCCAGCAUUUUCUCCUCUUAAUCCAAAAUCCAGUGAAGAAACAGAACAUUCUUUGAGUUUGGAUCCAAAACCAAAAAGUCUUAAAGCAUGUUCAACACUAAAACCUGUGAAGGGGAGACUCUGAAAACGAGUUUCUGGGCUUGGUUUAUGAUUAUUCAUUUAAAAGAGACAGUUCUAAUUAUGUGAAAUGUGUAUGUUGAUGAGGUACUCACUCUUCACUGUAGAAAGUAUACAGGCAAGAAGUGGGAACGGUAUCUUUGAACCUAUGUGUGUGUGGACAUACUAUGGUCCCAUUGGACAGUAAGUCAUGUAUCAUGACUAUUUUGUAACAAUGUAAUAGUUUUCCCUUAAUGUGCAAUAGGUCAAGAUUCUGCCUGUAUACAGGUAAAAUAUGUUGCUUUGUAAAUAAAGAACUACUUCUUUU